CAAAUCAUCCUCUUAGCGGGACAGGGAGAGGAGGGGGUGUCUACUGUCAUUUCAGUUGCAGGCGAUAUAGUUAGGCUGUAUUUUAUCUUUUACAGCAGGAUCACGGCUUACAAAGAGGAAGCUAUGGCAACUAAGAAACCAUGCACGGAUUUAACUAAAAGGAGCCGAAGUCCCGUCGUGUUGGAGGCGGAGAUGUUUAGCGAAUUUCAGGAGUGGUGUCUCCGGACAUAUGGUGACUCGGGUAAAACAAAGACCGUCACCCGGAGAAAAUACAACAAAAUAAUGCAGACCCUUUUACAGAACGACGAGUCGGACGGCGUCUAUGUCGACAACAGCCACAUCAACGCCAAAUUCAAAUUCUGGGUGAAAUCAAAGGGCUUCCAGGUCGGGAGCAACAUCCUAGGCGAGCACAACAAGAAAGGGACAUCGGGGAAGCCCGUGCUGUACGUCCCGGUCAAGUCAACGUGCACUGAUGGCGGACAGUCGCAGGACAGCUCUCUGAAGCGUGUGGCAGUGGUGGAGGAUUUCUUCGACAUCAUCUACGCCAUGCACGUGGAGAUGGGAGCCGAUCCGGGCAGAGCACCCAAACAUGCCGGCCAGAAGAAGACCUACAAAGCGAUUGCAGAGACAUACGCUUUCCUGCCCCGCGAGGCGGUGACCCGCUUCCUGAUGAGCUGCGGGGAGUGCCAGAAGAGGAUGCACAUCAACUCCAGCACAGCCGAGUUCAAAGAAAAUGACCGUCCCACAUCCCUGGUCCCAGACCUGAUAGACUACAACAUGCCUCUUACUGCCACCUACCUGAAACAGAUGAAACUGCAGUGCAUGAAUGCCAAUGAGCAGGAUGAGAGUUCGGUGAGCAGUGAGGAUCUGGACAUGGCCGAGCCAGCAUGGGUCUCUGCAGAGCGCACCCCGGCCGUCCAGCCUGGCAGCAGUCCUGAGCCGCGGCCAGAGAGCAAGGCAACGCCACCCCAGCCCAGCGUCAAAGAGGAAGAAGAUGAUUCCUGCUCUGAAAGUGGUAGUACUGCUAAUGGUCUCCCCUCCUUGACACCACCCACCAGUGCUGCCGUGGUAACAGGGGGCAUUCCUGCACCAGAAGGCGUGGUUCCAUAUGGAGAGGUGAAUGGCAGUGGAGCUACGGCACCACUGGACUUUAGCACAACCUCAUCCUCUUCCUCAGAGGAAGGACAGCAGCCCAUCAACCUGAGUGAAAGACUGUUGCCAGGGGUUACUCCCCCAAUUGGGCCAUACCCUGCAGACCCUAGCAGGAAAUACACUAUCAAAACAGAGUACAGCAACAAGUCUCCUCAGUACAGCUCAGGAAGCUAUGACUCGGUAAAAACAGAAGUGAGCAUGUGUGCAGAGGACUUGAACACGCCACGCGCUCAGGUCAUGGAUGACGACGACGAUGAUCACGAUGAUCACGAUGACAGCGACAAGAUUAACGAUGCAGAGGGUCUGGACCCUGAGAGACUCAAAGCUUUCAACAUGUUUGUGCGGCUGUUUGUGGAUGAGAAUCUGGACCGGAUGGUGCCCAUCUCUAAGCAGCCGAAAGAGAAGAUCCAGGCCAUCAUUGAGUCGUGUGGCCGGCAGUUCCCUGAGUUUCAGGAGCGCGCUCGCAAACGCAUCCGCACCUACCUCAAGUCCUGCAGACGGAUGAAGAAGGGAGGCUUUGAGACACGGCCCACACCCCCCCACCUCACCUCCGCAAUGGCUGAAAACAUCCUGGCAGCUGCCUGUGAGAGCGAGACACGCAAUGCUGCCAAGAGGAUGCGCCUCGAUAUCUACCAGACCCAUGACGAGCCGAUUACUGCAGAUAAGCCCAAUUCCAGGGACCCAGCUGCCCUGGCCCACUCAGGCUUCUCACUGGCUGCCUCAACCUACUCCCAGGACCAGCUCUACACCAAUGGUGGGCUCAAUUACAGUUUCCGUGGUUACGGGACCCUAGGCAACAGUUUGCAGAACAGCGGGACGACUCAAAGCAACGGACCCACCGAUCUCAGCAUGAAGUCGCUGGGCUCCAGUUCGUCAUCGUCAUCCAGUUCAAACAGCCACGGGCAGGGUGGAGGGGGCGGGGGCGCGUCAGCCCAGCUCAGUCCGCCCGAGGUGAGCGCCGUGCGGCAGCUCAUCGCCGGGUACCGUGAGUCCGCCGCCUUCCUGCUCCGCUCAGCAGACGAGCUGGAGAACCUUAUCCUGCAGCAGAACUGAGAACUACCCCUGGACACGGUUCAGUCCCAACACACACGUGUAAACAUAUGUACCCCCUAAAACACACGCACAAACAUGCACAGCCAGUGGGCAGCCAGGCACACACAUCAGAGCGUAUGCACACGUUAGCAGAAAACAUAUAUGUAGCUACUUGGCCACAAGCAGAAGAUGCACACACACACACACACACACACACACACACACCCCUUUCUAUAGAGCUACCUAUGACAUUCUUCAUGACAGCCUUAUCUUAAUUCUAGUGUCUUUACCAAAUUCCCUUAGCCCAUGAUUAGAUUUGCAGCAGGGCUCAACUCCCUGUAUGAGGCUGUGAUGACUUUGCUGAAGAAGGUCUCGUAAGGCAGUGUAGUUGCAUGACAAAGAAAAGCUUGACUCUGGCAAUGAUGUCACAACACAGCACUGUACAGAGCACAAUCUGUGACACAUGAGGCCAUCAAAUGGCUGACCACAAAGAAACAUAGCAGCACUUGUGGAGAUUUACAUUAAUCGACAUAAUCAUUACCUAAUGUCCUUCUCCAGUGUUGGGAGUAUUCCCAGAACAGAUGCACGAUGUCAUUUCCUGUCUAACACAAUUGGACCAUCGCCACCCAAAGGUCACGUGGCACCUUCACUUUUCCAGGCCAUAGGGUUCAUAUGGGGCGGGAUCAUUUGCACCCAGGAAUCAGCAGCGAUCACGCAGGUGGUUGUUACAGGGAAAGUGAAAACACACAAUCUGUUCAGGAUCGAGAGCUCUGCCAGUGCAUUACACUUUAUGCAUCCUAAGUGGAUCAUCGUGAAAAUGUACUGGAAAUUAGAAGGGUCCUUGUGAGGUCACUUGUACAGGUAGAUUAGCCUACUAAGAAACACCGAUGCUGUUCUGCUCAGAUGCCUGCUUUCUUAUGGCCAGCGUUGGCAUCUGUUCUCAGUCAGUUGUGCGGUGGCUGUAGCCGGGGCCAGACAGCUCGAGAUCAAGCACAAAACCACACACCUUACUGGCUUACUGGCUGCAUGCCCAGGUACAAAUGGAGCCUACUCCACACCUCCAAGUGCACUGUUUGUAUAUUCAAGGGCUUAGUUCAGUUUCUGUCAUUUGAUGAUCUUAUCCAGUGGGGUGGCAAACGCUCACUUAUCAAAGCUAUUAUGCCACAGAGAUGCGCAUGUUGUAUAAGCUACAUGCAGUCAUGCUGAGUAUAGGCUGGAGACCAGAGAUACCACCCAUGAGGAAGAGGUGAUGAACAGAAAGAUAUUUGAUGUUUGAUCAAUGUUACUGAGGUUGGGAAUAAGGUGCAAUGUAGAUGAUAAUCUUAAUAGUGCGUUGUCUGAAAGCAUAUCAUGGACUUUCUGAGACAUGUCCAUUAUUUACAUACAUUUAUCUCUUUUUCAAUUAUACACAAGCAUAAAAACAACAUUUUCACUUUAAAGAAUUGAUGACUGAUGUGGACUGCUUUAGAAAAAAAUUCUAUCGAAUGGGCAUGUCAGACUGUUGGACAUUAUGCAAAUGAAGCUGUGCUGAGUGGAAAUUAAAAACCCCACUCUAAACCCUUCCUACACACCCCAAACGCCUUGGAAACCUCUAACCCUCAGCACAGUAAUGCAUUCUGGGAAACACACUCACAGAAGGAACAGAUUGGCGACAACAGUCUUGCUGUGAGUUGCUUUUCAAAUGAACUGGCAUAUCCAUACCUGGAGAAAAAAAAGACAAAGAACUGCAUUUCCCAUGCUGCAUUGCAAACAAAUUUUGUUAAGUUGUGAAUGCUGCUCUUGUUUUCUAACCUCAUGACUGAGUCACUUUCAUACUGCACGGGGACCAAUCAGAAUUGUAAGUGGGACUUAUUUAUGUACAUAUGCAUACAAGUUUAAGAGAAGGGACCUAAUUAUCAGUAGGAGGCCAAAGCUUAAAAAACACCCUCCAACUGGUUAUGUCAUAAUGUAUGUGAUGUCUUAAUAGUAGUUUGUGAUUGGCUGGACACCUCAGUGAUUGGCAGAGCAAGGAGGAAAUGCUUAAUUAUCGGAGUAAACCUUAUGUCUCCUAUUCUUCUCAUGGAAGUUAGAUUUACAUAGUACACAUAGCUACUCUACAUUGCAGACUAUGGUUCAAAGCCCCCUCUGUUAUCUCCCCCAAUGUUUGAAUUACAAAUAUAAUGUCAACAGAUUCCUCAGAUAGAAUCAUACUGUAUAAAAACGCAAAAGACAAUCUAGGAGUUCAUUUAAACUGUGUAAUGCUAUGGUAGCACUUGCUCCUUGUCUCAAGCCUUUAUCAGGGCAGUGUAUUUUGCAACCUUUCAAUUGUUGUAGCCAUAACCAGAAAAUUCUUCAGCCCAGAGAUACACUGUUCCUACUGGGGACUCAGUUAAGGGAAGCCAUUUAUUUUCCACUAACUAUACUCACUUAUCAUUUUUGUUCUAUUAUCUUGGUAUAUUUUAAUCAUUUUUAACUUUAUUUUUAAUAUAUGUAUUUUUCUUUAAUGUGCAUGUCCGCUAGGUUUAUAAAGUUAUUUUUCUAUGACACUGACAGGAGCCUUGUGUGCCAGUAUUCCAUACUGAGAGCUCAGCAUCGAAAGGAACCCACAGACUAAGCAGAAAAAUCCAUGCUCAACAAAUUCUGAACAAAAAAUCAACUCUGUGUGACUGGAAAUUUAAAUUUUACUGUAGCAAAUACCCCGAUAAAAAUGUCACACGACAUGAAAAAUCAUGUGUUCUUUUUGUCUGCAUGUCAUCUUUUAAAUUAGCCUGAAACAUGGUAGCAUUUUAUUUUUUGUCUGCUAAAUUUAAAUAAUAUGGUCAUAUGUUAUAUUUCAAAGUGGACUCUGGAAUUAUCAAAAAAUAUACCAGAACACACUCAAGCCAAACCUUAAGAGAAUAUUUUAGUUAUUUCAUGAACAUUUAGAGCAGAUUAAAGAAAAGUCCUUAGUCCAUAAAAACAUUGCUUGCUUUAUUAAGACUAUUCACAUAGCAAAUGGCCUUGUAGUCUGUAAACUGAUGGUGGCUCAGAGGACCGGCUGACUUCCAGUCCAUAAGGAAGGAUUGUGAGGUGAGUUGGCAAUCAGGGCUUUAUUAGAUAUUGCCAGAAUUUCUUUGGAAUCACCAUGAAUUUUCAAUCAGUAUGAUUUGGCAUGUCAGCAUUAGUGUAUGCCUGGUGUAUACUUUCCUCCUUUCCUUUUUUUAUCAAGGUUUCCUGUGAAAUGAUGCUGUAAUGACGUUCAUAAUCCAUGUUUGAGAACAAGCCCUGAGAGCUCCAUGAUCAUUUUGCAAGUAAAAAAUAAUUAUAAAUAAAAAUACACAAGGCACAUAUUCAUAUAUACAAACACCGACACAUUCACACACGUGGAAAUAGAAAAAGAAUGAAAAUCUGGAGGGGAGAAAGGAGAUGCUACAACUUAUUUUUUUAUAAGUGCAGCUGAGGUCUGCAAUCAAAAUGUGGUAACAACCAUUGCCUGUGUUCUUUUAAUUUUGUGGUGCUUUGUAAUAUUAUUGUUAUUGUUAUUAAUAUAAUUAUUGUAUUUUAUUGGUUUCUACUCCUGUACCUACCGGAAACUGUAGGCCGAAGCCUGGUUUCUCUUUGUAUACCAAUGUGAAGCUUUGUAUUAUUUCUUUCUGGUUUUUUGACUCAGUGGAAGUGUGUGAUGUUUACAUGUACAGAGGAUCAGAUUCUUUUUGUUGUUUUGUUUGUUGAAGCCCCGCCCCUCCAAUCAGCCCCUUAGCCUUUGUCUAUGACUUCAGUUGUUCAAUUGUUUCUUUGAUCUAGUGCAUGCAGGGGCAAUGUUAGAAGGUUACAGAGACUUGGUUAAACCACUGUUAAGGUCCUUGCACACUUUACACUCAGAAAGCAUAAAUUAAUAUUUUUGACUGUCAUUUCUCUAUGGUGGUUAGUAUCACAAGGCACGUUUAUAAAUGAGUCUUCUCAUUGUGCCUUCCUUGGCAACUAUUUCUGCACAGACAUCUUUUUUUCUUCUUUUUUUUUUUUGUUGUUUUAACACAUUCUUGUUCAGCGUCCAUGUCAUAAAAAGGAUUCACUAUUUCUGCAUUCUAGUGCAACUGCAAGCCAAGCUUGUUUUCAGUUGCAGGUUGGCUUUACCUCUCCUCUCUCUUAAAACUGUUCAGUUUUUUUGCACUCAAGAGGUGUGUUACGUCCUCAGCACAAGCCCGGCGUGAAUCAGGGUUGGUAUCCAUGUGCAAGGGCCUUGAGAGGUGUCACUGCAGUCACCGACGGAGGGGGAAGGUGGGGGAUGAGAAAAAAAACAGCAGGAGAGAGACAGAGAGCUUCUUAUCCAUUCAAAGUGCAAAAUUAAACAUUAAUUAUGUUCCCCAAAAGGUAGCAAAGACCUUAAUUGUUAAUGCUCUUUAAGUGAUUUUAUAUUUUAUGCCUUGGAAGGUGGAUAUGUGUGUAUGUGUGUGUGUGUGUGUGUGUGUGUGUGUGUGUGUGUGUGUGAGUGUGCGUGUGUGUGUCUGCCUUCCAAGGCAAAGGGGAGUGCUCUUCCUACCGGGCCAACCAAAUACAGAAAUCCAAUGUGAUUAUUGUCUGCAAUUACUGUAACGAUAGAAUUUGCACUUUGACCUUCUAGGGAAGCUUCUCUGUGAUUUUAAAAGCCAUUCCCCUCGUGCUGUUUGUCUAUAUGGGGAACAUACGAACCUCAGGAACUGUUGACUCUCUGAGUUUGUUUGUUUUUUUGUUUUUGUUUGUUUUUUAAUCCAGGCCAAUACGUCCUGACUGACCAGUCCUUGCGCGCUCUCUGCUCACAUGUCAUUUAUAUUGGAUUUGCUAUAUAUCCUUUUUUUAUAUUUAUUAUUGUGAUUUAAAAGUGAACAUUCUUUUCAGUACACGUGGCUGAAUAUUUGAAUUCUUUAGAGAAGUGUUGAUAAAUAUAAAUAUAUAUAUAUGAAUAUAUGUGAAUGACUAAAAGAUGGGAAAUA